GAUUCUACCCCUCUGCAGUAGGAGGUGUUUUCACAAGUCCUUUUUAUCUCUUGUGGCUGUUUAAAAGCCUGGCUGAAUUCGCUAGCGAGUGCUGCAACGUGAAGACCAGCAACAGGAAGUGCGUCUGCUGAGGGCGGCAGAGGAGCGCGGAUCUGCAGGAGAAGAGAGCCCCUUCCUGGUCUCCCUGCCUUCCCCGCUUCCAUCCACACUCUGCCGCCCUUUCUCUAGAGUGGCGUUAGGCAGUUUAGGGGAUCCGAGCCGGUGAUGGUGCUGGGGAAGGGAGAGCAGACCGCGGGAGAGAAGAGGCCUGUGAAGACGGUGCUGCCAUUGUGAGUGCUCUGGGAUUUUCCUCUUUGGACUCCUCUCAUCAGGGACAUGGGCUGCCAGAGUAGGGAGGCCAGCACAUGCUGGAGAAAUCAGUCAAGGUGGUCGAACCCUGGGGCUCAUGGGAGGAGAAACCCUGGAUCCUGGGCUGCUGGCAUGGAGAUUGUCUGAGGUGUUCUGAAACACUACCCUCUCCUUUUAAAACGUGUUUCUAAUACAUCCUCCUACCUCUUGACGAGAAUGGAUUUUAAUCUAUGUCUGUAUGAAAUUGGGGAGCAACUGGAAAGUGAUGAACUGGCCUCCCUCAAGUUCCUGAGCCUGGACUACAUCCCUCAUAAGAAGCAGGAACCCAUCCGGGAUGCCCUAAGUUUGUUUCAGACACUCCAGGAAAAGAGGAUGUUGGAGGAAAGCAAUCUGUCCUUCUUGAAGGAGUUGCUUUUCCAAAUUAAUAGAGUGGAUCUGCUGACCAGAUGCUUAAACACUAGCAAGGAGGAGAUGGAGAGAGAGCUUCAGAUCCCAGGCAGGGCUCAGAUUUCUGCCUACAGGGUCAUGCUUUUUCAGAUUGCAGAAGAUGUCACCAAACUGGAAUUACGUUCUUUUAAGUUUUUUUUGAGGCAGGAGAUCUCCAAAUGUAAACUGGAUGAUGACAUGAGCUUGCUUGAUAUUUUUGUAGAGAUGGAGAAGAGAGUCAUCCUAGGGGAAAGAAAUCUGGACGUCCUAAAAAGAAUCUGCGACCAAAUCAACAAGAGCCUGCUGUUGAAAAUCCGUGAUUAUGAAGAAUUAAGCAGAGAGAGAAGAGGGAGCCUUGAAAGGAGUGCAGAUGGACCUUCAAAUGGGGAGGGGCCAUCUGGAAUGCUGGCAAUGGCGGAUUCUUCUAGAGAACAAGACAGUGAGUCACAGACAUUGGACAAGGUUUAUCGAAUGAAAAGUAAACCUCGGGGCUACUGUCUGAUCUUCAACAAUCACAAUUUUAGCCAAGCACGUAUGGAGGUACCCAAACAUCAGAGCAUUAAGGACAGGAAUGGAACAGACGUGGAUGCAGAGGCUUUAGACAAGACCUUCAGUGAACUUCAUUUUGAGAUAGUACAUUACAAAGACUGCACUGCUAAAAAUAUCUGUGAUAUUUUGAAAUUCUACCAACGCAAGAAUCACAAUAGCAAGGAUUGCUUCGUCUGCUGUAUCCUCUCCCAUGGAGACAAGGGCAUUGUCUACGGCACUGAUGGACAGGAGGCCUCCAUAUAUGAGCUGACCUCUUAUUUUACUGGUUCCAAGUGCCCUUCCCUUGCUGGGAAACCCAAAGUCUUUUUUAUUCAGGCUUGUCAAGGGGAUAACUACCACAAAGGGGUACCUUAUGAAACCGACUCAGAGGAGAGGGAAGCUUAUUUGGAAAUGGACUCACCUGAAAGGAGAUAUAUCCCAGAUGAAGCUGACUUUCUGUUGGGGAUGGCCACAGUGAACAACUGUGUUUCCUAUCGAAGCACUGUAGAGGGAUCCUGGUAUAUCCAGUCACUUUGCCAGAGUCUGAGAGAAAGAUGUCCCCGAGGCGAUGAUAUUCUCACCAUCCUGACUGAAGUAAACUAUGACGUGAGCAAUAAGGAUGACAGGAUACACAAGGGGAAACAAAUGCCACAACCCACCUUCACACUAAGAAAAAAACUCUACUUCUCUCUUCACUGAUGCUGCUGUUUACAUGUAACACUAUGCUUACCUUUCGAUAAGCUACUUCUGUUUUGCACUUUUUUAUUUUUUGGAUUUUUUGGAAAGAGAGAGACUUCUCUGGCUUUUUAACAGCAGUCAUGUUUUGAAAUUUAUAAUCAUAGCAUUAUUUUAAUUGUACUUUUAAAAAAAUGGAAAAGAGUCUGAAGGAAAUACAGUUCUCAUGAAAAGUAUGGUAAAUUUUAAAGAAAUGUGCAAAAUUUCAGUGUUUAAAAUCAGUGGCCAAUUGUUUCAUCACUCAUCUUCUGUCUGUUUUCAAUCCCAAAGAAUUUAAUUUCAUUCCUUUCAAAUUAUUAGGCCCUAAAACAAGACAAAACAAACAAAAAACAGGUCAUUUUUCCAACCUUUUAGCCUUUAACAGUGACACAAAAACAUUUAAGGCACAGAAGAGGGGAAGUGAAAGUAAUUUCCCGCUAAGAGGCCCCAGAUAAACAAAUACUAAAGUACUGGGAGACACUACCUGUUUCUCCUCUCUGUGAGAGGGCCGUAUCUCAUUCCUAGUUCCUAUGGUAAUCUGUCAAUUUGUAUUCCAGCCAUCUGUUGUGGCUCUCUGGGGAAUGCCUGAGAUAGCCUCUCAAAGGUCACUGAGGGAGAUUUUGUUAUCUGACCUAGCUAAAAGAACCGUAUCUAUAUUGAGGUCUAGUGUGUAAUGCUCCAGCCUCCAGACUGGUCACAGCUGGGAGAUGGGACAGCAAUAUCAGAAACACUCGAGCUUCCUUCUUGCCUCAAAAGCAAUGGAAAGAUCCUCUGAUUUCAUGAUGAAAGGCAUAUGACUCUAUUUGGCUUAGAUUGUGAUUUCACAAGACCUAGGGAUGAUUUUCUUGGAGGUUUUUGUGUUAGGACAUGCACACUCGCCAGAGAGCAAGAGAGACAGAGACAGUGAGAGGGAAGAUGAGAAAUCACCCCCUGCUCCAGGGGAGAUGGCCACACCACAAUCCAUUUUCCAUUCUCCUCCCAGGUU